GCGGUCGGUGUCGGUGUCGCUCCUCGGUUCCAGUUCAAUAAAAAUAAAAAAUAAAAACCUCACCGCCGUUUUCACGACUUAACCCCCGGUUCCCUGCGCGCGCUGCUCGCUGCUGUGUCCGGAUCUUAUUAGCUUUGAUCUGAAUUUCGGCGUUUUUGGAAACGGAUUCCUGGCGCACGUGAGGAUCGGGACAGUUGACAGGAUCACUCAUGAUGACGGGGAUCGGGUCUGUCCCGGAUGCUGAGAGAGACAGCUCUGAAACCACACUGCAGCCAGAGUCGGAUCAGAACCUUACACCUCCUAAGACUUCACCUUUGGACCUGAUUGACACGGGGAAGGGACUGAAGGUUCAGACUACAGCGCCUCACCUGGUCAGUCUGGGGAGCGGACGGCUCAGUGUGGCCAUCACCGUACUACCACUGAAGGAAGGAAUCACUCGUAUCGGCCGCGAAGAUGCCGCCGUGCCGCAGGACAUCACCAUCCAGGGUCCGGGCAUCGAACCCGAGCACUGCGUCAUCGAGAACAGGGGCGGGAUCGUCACUCUGGACCCCUGCGGACAUCCGUGUUCCCUGGAUGGAGUUCCUGUGACCACGCCCACCCAGCUCACACAAGGUUAUUCUCUGUGUUUGGGUAAAUCCUACUUCUUCCGUUUCAACCAUCCAGAAGAGGCCAGUCGGAUGAAGAGCAUGCUUCCUCAGAAGAGUCCCGUGUCCCCGCUGGUCUACAGCACAGAUUAUAUGAAGUUCAGCAGCGAUUUCAGUUCCAGCGUAGGCGGACCCAGCUCCCGAGGCGUGCGGUCCGUCUCCGAGCUACGGGAAUUAAUGGACACUUUACAGAGGAAAAAACAAGCCCUUGAGAACAGCCUGCGGACCAACGGGGACAGUAGCCCCUCCUACUUUAGCAUGACCCAGUCCCCGCCCUCGACGCCCAACUCCUUGUCACCCAUAUCCUUGUCAAGCCCGAUAUCUCCCUAUCAGGACCAAGCAAGACGACUCUAUAUAUCUGACCGCCCGCCUCUUUCGGGUAAAGUCCACACCCAGUCAUCUAACAGUGUCCCUCCGUCGCCACGACGCAGUGACCAGCGGGAAUACAACUCCUCACUUCCUCCUCCACGGCCAAUGACGCGGAACCAGUCCCAGGAUAGCCUCCUUGCUUCUUCAGAUGGACGACGGGGCCAAACAUCAAGUUCUUUCUUAUCAAUGUGGAAUGGCUCCGGCUCUACAGCAAGCGAUGCCAUUCGAGCGAUCCCAGGCAGUGGAAGCGGAGCAGCUAGCAUGCCAUCCAGCCCGCGACUAGCGCGCAGGCUACACCGCGAGGAAGCAGGACACCCAAUUCCAGCACCACGCCAAAGGAAGUACUCAGCUGGUUCUCUUACAGGAAUGGGAAUAUCCGCUCACAGCCGCUCCCUACCCCGACUCUACCGCCCGGGGGAGUCCCACCUCACCCCUCUCGGCCUACCAUGGUCCCGCUCCUCACCCACCCACGAGUCCAGUCACCAAAACGGGCACCCUGAGGUUGUCUCUAUUUCCUUGUCCAACAGAUCUAUUUCCAAACAAGUGCCCGUACGUCAGGAAAUUAUCGUACCAUCAGGUGGUACCAGCCCACGUCAGGCCAAGAAAAUGAGCCUGACCUCCAGCAGCUCCUACUCAGAUCUGGAGAAGCAGAUAGCUUGUGCAUCCUCACCAGUCUUGGAUCUGGGUCUGGGUGAGAGAAGGCAGUCGUUCGGAAAAGCCGGGAUCGGUCCACAGGGUGGAUUCCGUGAGAGGAAGGGCAGCAUCAGCUCUCUCAGUGGGAAAGAAGAACUCCAGGAUUAUCAUCAGAGACAGAGGGACGAGAGACUUCGCGAGCAGGAGGUGGAGAGACUGGAGCGUCAGCGUCUGGAAACCAUCCUGAGUCUGUGCUCGGAGCGAGAUCAGAGCGGCUCAGCCGUGGCCGACCUCCAGAAGAUCAAUAAAGAGCUGGAGAAGCUGCAGGUGUCUGAGGACGAGUCCAUAUUUUCCGACUCUGCGGAGAACGGAUACGGCUCGGGGGCUUUGGAAUGCCAGGUCAUGGAGGAGCGCCAGGUACGCCAGCGUCGUUCCAGCGGUCAGCGAGAUAUCAGGGCGGAGUCACCUGCUGGGAGUCUUCACGGCUCCGCCCCCAGCCCGUCUCCUCGACAGAUGCGGAAUAACAAGCAGGUGCCCGGAGAAGAGGAGGUGCGGCUGAAGCAGGAGCUGUCGCGUAUCGAGGAGGAGAGGGUCCAGGUGCUGAACAACAUGGAGGAGCUGGAGCAGAAGAUCAAAGAGCUGGACAACCAGAUGGACGAAUCAGUCCAAGAGAUGGAGGUGGAGCGCGCUCUGUUAGAAGGCGAGCAGGAGGCCGAGGCGGCGCAGCUGCAGCAGGAGAAGGAGACUCUGGAGCAGCUGAAGGACAAGAUGGCCGACAUGGAGAAGAAGGUGCACUCGGAAAAGUCGCAGGACAAAGCCCAGCUCGAUGCCGAGCGGCUUAAACUCGAGCGCCUGGCCGAAGUGCUGUCCGAGCAGCGCGCUCAGCUCGACACGUGUCCCGAAGCUCUGAAAGAGCAGCUCGUCCUCCAGCUGUCCAGGGACGCCGAGACAUUAGAGGUGGAGACGAAGCGCUUCGAGGACCUGGAGUUCCAGCAGCUGGAGCGAGAGAGCCGUCAGGACGAGGAGAAAGAGACGCAGAUGCAGCAGAUCCUCCGAGAGAUCGCAGAGUACCAGCGCAGCACCGUCACCCGCAAGGAGAAGCUUCUGGCUCUGAAGAAACAGUCCACUCAGAUCAUCCAGCAGGCCCAGAAGGAGAAGGAGAGCUUCCUGAAGGAGAAGAACAACCUGCAGAUGAUGCUGCAGCGGGAAAAAGAGAAUCUCAGCAACCUGGAGAAGAAAUACGGCGAGCUCACAGGGGGGCGGAGCUUCCCCAUCAACCCCCUCAGUAUGAAGGAGGGUUAUGUCACAGUCAGUGAGAUCAAUGAACUCUAUACGAAAUUGGGGGCAGAGACAAGCCCCGCCCCUUUCAACCUCAAUGCCCUCAAGUGUCCCAGCUCUGGGUCCGAACCCAGCCCUAGUCCCGAUGACAGCAGCGCCCCUUCAGGAGAGGAUGAGCAUUUCCGAAGCCUGGAGGAACGGAAGAGGUUGGGUAAGGAGGGUCAGAUGUGCGACACGCUUCCUCGGAAAAAGUCCCACGCUGCAAUCAGCUCCCAGUUCAACUGCGCUACGCUGGGCCGCAACACACCCACCAAGUCUCAUCUGCCUUUAGUGCAGAGCUCGAGCUGCGGCAGCGUCCUGAACCGCGUCCUCACAGUGUCUCCUAAAGACGCAGAUGCACGCCGUCUCCACAAGGGUCACAGCCAGCAGCUGGUGGGUGAGGAUCAUCGCUCCAGACUGUCCGAGCUCGGGGGUCGCGCCUCCUCCCAGUCCAACGUCUACCUGGACUCUGUAGGUUACCGUGACAACGGAUUUGACACCUUCAGCGUGGACAGCUCGGACAGCAUGGAGACCAGCAUCUCCGCCUGCUCGCCCGACAACGUCUCCAGCGCCAGCACCUCCAACAUGGCCAAGAUCGAGGAGAUGGAGCGUCUGCUGAGGGAGGCUCAGGCUGAGAAACACCGACUCCUGGAGCACAGGGAGCGAGAGAUGGAGAUUCGGCGUCAGGCUCUGGAGGAGGAGCGCAGGAGGAGGGAGGACCUGGAGAAACGCCUGCAGGAGGAAACCAGUCGACGUCAGAAGCUCAUCGAGAGGGAGGUGAAGCUACGAGAGAAACAGCGAGCUCAGGCUCGCCCGCUGACCCGCUACCUGCCUGUGAGGAAGGACGACUUCGACCUGCGCGCUCACAUCGAGUCGGCCGGGCACAACAUCGAGACGUGCUACCACAUCUCCAUCAUGGAGAAGACGUGCCGCGGGUUCCUCAUCAAGAUGGGAGGAAAGAUCAAGACGUGGAAGAAGCGCUGGUUCGUCUUCGACCGUAACCGCAGGACGCUGUCUUACUACGCAGAUAAGCACGAGGCGAAGCUGAAAGGCGUGGUCUACUUCCAGGCCAUAGAGGAAGUCUAUUACGAUCAUUUAAAGAAUGCACACAAGAGCCCGAAUCCGUCCUUAACGUUCAGCGUGAAGACUCACGAUCGCGUCUACUACAUGGUGGCUCCGUCUCCCGAGGCCAUGCGCAUCUGGAUGGACGUCAUCGUCACAGGAGCGGAGGGAUACACGCAGUUCAUGAUUUAGUGUGUGUGUGUGUGUGUGUGUGUGUGUGUGGAAAUACUUCAUCACCACUCUGGUCGUUUUCUCCUGGACGAGAUCAUGUGACCAGCAUCGUCUUCGCGUUCCAUCCCAGUGUGAAGCGUGUGCAGUGUUUUGUUUGUGUUUGUGUUUAUCUAAAGAAGUGCCUUUGGAAUUCAGAUGCUGGUGGAACCGGCCUUCCUGUGCCUCGGUCACAUGUCACCCGAAAUGAAGGACUCUGAUUGGUUGUGACAUCACAGAUGCACACGACCGAACUUUAAACCAUCUUUUCCAUCGUAUUUCAUGAGCAAAUUAUUACAUUUUAGUUCGUGUGUGUGUGUGUGAGUGUGAGAGAGAGAGAGAUGAUCCUCAGGGACGCACAGGUCAACAACAACAUUAAAGGUGCAGUCUGUACUUUUCUCAAAACUCCGCCCAUGAGUCAGAGCAGCCAUUCUUAGCCCCACCCUUUUUCCUUAAAACUUGUCCAACAGACAAAGUGUGUAUAUAAUGUAUUUAAAGGAACAGUUGUUGUUGUUGUUGUUGUUUUUGUUAGGAAAUUAAUAACAUUUCCUAGUUUUUACUGUGGUUCACUUUUCAGACAGCAGGAGGCGCUAAAAAAACCUCAGACUGCACCUUUAAAUGUUUUUUUUUCUUUUUUCCAUUUUAAUUACCAAAGAAUUUACAUGGAAUUACACACUAUCGAGUGUGUGUGUGUGUGUGUGUGUGUGUGUGUGUGUGUGUGUGUCAGAACCGAGAUGAUAGUUUUGGUUUUGUAAUCUUCACAUUUACAAAAGGUGCUAAAAUAUAUGGUUUUUGAUGUUUUGUCGCCCAGACGCUCUUGAAAUCCAUCAGUAAUUCAUAUUUUGGAAAGUUUUAUCGUGUCAGCGUCGCAGUAUGUUUUCAGGAUCUGACAUCAAACCACGUUUUAACUCUACGUAUACAUAAAUAUAUAUAUUUUUAUAGUAAGGAGAAUUAGUUCUGUAUCCCAGUUGCUUUAGUACAGAGUAUAUUCCUUUCUCUGUGUAUGUUUUAUGUAUUUGAAAAUAAUUAUAUUCUUAAAUAUAAACAUUUUCAGGCUGAUUUAAGGCGCUCCCGGUUCAGCUUUCACCUGCCCCGCUGCUGCAAAAACAAAAUACACAAUGGUUUCUGAUUAUCUAUAGAAAAAUAAUACAAAUAUAUUAAUGCAGAAAAAAAAUAAUC